AAAUAAUUUUUUGAAGCUUUUCUAUUCGUGUGGGAUGAUAAGAACAAAUAGACAGGCAUUGAUAAAACGAAAACCAAUUUACCUGAAUAAAUUGAGAGUUGUCAUGUAUAACCAAGCUUAGGCCCUUAACGUGGAAGCUCUGGUAGCACUCUACUAGUCACUGAGGGGUUGGAGACGUUGAUUGUACAUAGGAAAAUUGUGUAUAAAUUCGACAAACUCAGUUAUACUGGAGCAAAACGGAGAAAAUACAAGGGGUGCCGAGUCACCCGACGCCAACCAGGAAAAUCGAGCAACGUGUUGGUGGACACCUUGGGCUGCUAUGGGUUGUUUUGGGUCUCCAACCUCAAAACAAUCAUCGGAUGUUAACUCGGAUGAUUCAAAAAGUCAAAAGCGCCGAAGCGAUGCAAUAUCUAGACAGCUUCAAAAGGAUAAACAGCUCUAUAGGGCCACACAUAGGUUACUCCUACUUGGGGCUGGUGAAUCUGGUAAAUCAACCAUAGUCAAGCAGAUGCGAAUAUUGCAUGUCGAUGGAUUUUCUGAACAAGAGAAAAAACAGAAAAUUGAUGAUAUUAAAAAGAAUAUUCGAGACGCUAUAUUGACUAUUACAGGAGCCAUGAGUACACUUAAUCCACCUGUAGCUUUAGAAAAAAAAGAAAAUGAACCCAGAGUGGAAUACAUUCAGGAUUAUGCCUCUAGUCCGGACUUUAACUAUCCUCCUGAAUUUUAUGAACAUACAGAAGAACUAUGGAAAGACAAAGGUGUUCUUCAAACCUAUGAGAGGUCAAAUGAAUAUCAAUUAAUUGACUGUGCUAAAUACUUCCUGGAUCGAGUAAGCACAAUUAAGAAUCCAAAUUAUACACCAAAUGAGCAAGAUAUACUUCGGUGCCGUGUUUUGACUUCUGGAAUAUUUGAAACAAGAUUUCAGGUGGAUAAAGUAAAUUUCCAUAUGUUUGAUGUCGGAGGACAGCGAGACGAACGCAGAAAAUGGAUUCAAUGUUUCAAUGAUGUAACUGCUAUUAUAUUCGUAACAGCAUGCUCAAGUUAUAACAUGGUUUUGCGUGAAGAUCCCACUCAAAAUCGGCUACGAGAAUCUUUGGAUUUAUUUAAAAGUAUUUGGAAUAACAGAUGGCUUCGCACGAUUUCUAUUAUACUAUUUCUAAAUAAGCAAGAUUUGUUAGCAGAGAAAAUUAAGGCUGGAAAAAGUAAACUGUCGGAAUAUUUCUCCGAGUUUAACAAAUACCAAACGCCAAUCGAUACAGGUGACGCAAUAAUGGAAUCCAAUGAUGAUCCAGAAGUUAUAAGAGCAAAAUAUUUCAUACGAGACGAGUUUCUGCGUAUAUCAACUGCUAGUGGAGAUGGUAAACAUUACUGCUAUCCACAUUUCACAUGCGCCGUUGACACGGAGAACAUAAAAAGAGUUUUUAAUGAUUGCAGAGACAUUAUUCAACGGAUGCAUCUUCGUCAAUAUGAAUUGUUAUAGGUUAUCCCUAUCGCCGUAAUGCAACUAAAUAAAAGUAAAGAAAAAUAUUAA